UCGUUUCUCCUUCACUCCCAUCACCAGCAUAGAAAAAUGGAUAUUAACGCAUUAUUAGCACAAGCAAGAGGUGGCGCACAAAGUAAUCCAACUGGAGAUACUCAAAUUGCUGACAAUGGAGAAACUAUUCACAUUUCAAGCUUAGCUUUAUUAAAAAUGCUCAAGCAUGGUAGAGCAGGUGUGCCUAUGGAAGUCAUGGGUUUAUGCUUAGGUGAAUUCGUCGAUGAUUACACUAUACACGUUACAGACGUAUUUGCGAUGCCACAAUCUGGUACAACAGUCAGUGUAGAGAGUGUUGACCACGUAUUUCAAACUAAAAUGCUUUCAAUGCUUAAGCAAACUGGUAGAUCAGAAAUGGUAGUUGGAUGGUAUCACAGUCACCCUGGAUUCGGCUGUUGGUUAUCCAGCGUAGAUAUCAAUACACAACAAUCUUUUGAGCAACUUAAUCCUAGAGCUGUUGCUAUCGUCGUUGAUCCAAUUCAAUCAGUAAAAGGAAAAGUCGUAGCUGACGCAUUCAGAUUGAUCGACUCACAAAAUGCUUUGAUGGGUCAAGAAUCUAGACAAUCAACUUCAAAUUUAGGUCAACUUAUUAAACCAUCAAUUCAAGGUCUUAUUCAUGGUGUUGGUAGACAUUACUACUCUUUAGCUAUACAAUAUCGUAAAUCUAAAGCAGAAGAACGUAUGUUGAGCUCUUUAAGUGGUAAAGCCUGGACAAAAGGACUGGAAAUUGAGCAAGCUGAUAAGUUUAGACACAACAAUCAAAAUGCAGUCGAAAAGUUCUCUACUUUAGCUGAUCAAUAUGGUAAAUCAGUAGCAGAGGAGUUGACUUUGACACCUGAACAGUUGUCAACACGACACGUUGGUAAGCAAGAUCCAAAGAGGCAUCUCGAAGAGCACGUAACAAAAUCGCUUGAACAAUCGACUGUACAAAUGCUAGGUAUGGGUGUAUUGACGAGUGUAUAAUUUAUAUAAUUUUUUUUU